UUAAAAGCGUAGUUAAAUCGACGAAACAAGGAAGGUUAUUAGACGAACAAAAUGUGAAUAUUGCUUCUCGUUGAGAGGAUGUACUUUAUAGAGAAGGUUCAACCGAUAAGCAGUUAGUUAUAUAUGUACGUUAAUUGAUCAAAUAUCGGUUAAUAAAUGAAGAUUUACAGUAUAAAAUAAUACAAGAACGGGAUUGGAUUUCGUGAGAUAUUUCAAACACUGAAGUUUUUCAUCUACGCGACGACUAAGUUAUUUUAAGUACUACACCGGAAACGAGUGUAAUGUACAUAUUUUUUAUCACCGGUUUAAAUUAAGUAGAAUUGAAGUGAAGUCAGCAGUUUAUUACUGUAAAUUAGCACGAGGAAGUAAGUUACAAUUAUACAAAAUGGAUGUAUGUGAUUAGAGAAAAAAAAGGAAAGUUAAAGGUAGUGUUUUCUUCAUAAAAGCGUUGGAUAGCUAAAAAUAGAAAACCUAAUAGUGACAGGAGAGUUUUUUUAUAACAUUUGUGACAGUGAAUAAUUCAUUAAAGAACAUAAGACUGCGUCAACGAAUCUAUGAAGGAUGCUUUCAGUAAUUAGGACUAUGUUAAUCAUGCCUUUAUAGGGAUCACUAUUCAGGAAGAAUUCCGAAGUAAGGGGACAUAAGAACAAGUUCUGUUAAACACUUAGUUCAGUAAAAAGAAGGAGAAAUCGAUUCCACGGAAGAAAAAAAAACGAGUAAGGAAUGAAGAAAGCCCACUUGAAUAAAUGGAGAAAAGAAAAACUGCUAAACAAAAAUGGCCACCCACAAGGUUGUGCCGAAACCAGCACUUCCCAGGAGUCGUACCCACGCACGUUUGCGAACGGAUACCACUAUAUCUUAAACCUCAUUCCAAUUUCACCAGCCCAUGGAGAAUCAGGAACCGAUCAUACCUCAGACAUGGAUCUCAGCCAAGGGUCGCUGGACCUCUCACGAACAGGACCAUAUUACAAAACUCCCACCAUUCCACCACCGCCACUCACCAUGCGACCACCACAAAACCAAUCCCCCAUAUCACCGGCAUCGAACGGCCAAAUCAAUGGAUGUUUAGACCUCAGUCGGAGCUCGAACUCUACACCGACUUCGUACUUGCAUUACAGCGGUGGCACCUCUAUAAAUCUGAGUCCGGGUGGCACAACCGAACAGACGGCUUAUUAUCAAUUGCCGAGAAUAAAACUUGAACCUGGACUAGGAAUAGAUCCAACCAUAACUUACAAACCGGAAAUGGAUUUUAAUCACAAUGAACACAUGACGUCAUCAACGACGUCAAUACCAGUGCCUUCUCAACCAGCUUAUGGUUUGACUUACGAACAAAAUAUUAAUGAUAGAAUUAAGACCGAGGAACAAAUGGACAUUGGUUGUGAGGAAGUAUCACGUGAUACGUCACGUGACAUGUCUGAACCCCGUGUAACUGUUGAAACAAUAAAUUCAAAUUGUAUCCCGUUAACUGUGACGUCGCCUGAUGACGAAAAUGACAGUGGUACGGAAAGUAUAGAUUCAAAGGAUUCUGACGCUUGCAGCAAUCUGAAUAUAAAUGAAAACGGAACCAGUCAAAAAUCAGAUAGAAAACGCCCGGGCAGGAAAAAGGGUCAAGUAUCAAAAGUUUAUCACUUGUGGGAGUUCAUACGUGAUGUACUGAAUGACCCCAGAUAUUGCGGGAAGGUAAUUAAAUGGGAGAACGAGGAGGAGGGAAUUUUCCGGGUUGUCCAGUCGGAAACCGCAGCGUCCAUGUGGGGCCAGAAGAAGAACAACCGAACAAAAAUGACAUAUGAAAAAAUGAGCAGAUCUAUCAGGUACUCUAGAAAGGAAGGCUAUUUUGAUGACUUGCCGAAGGACAAAGGAUAUCCGAAGAAACUGUGUUUUAAAUUUGGAAAGAAAGCGCAUGGUUGGAACUCGAACAGAAAACCUCCACCAAUGGCGCACAAUAACUGCGUACCGUCGACAAUUUAAAGAGUUUUCUAUAUCACUUCGAAAACUUUAAAACAUAGAUAAAUAGAUAAAUUAAGUGCACUUACGGUUGGCAUUGAGCCUAUUUUUUUGGGAAAGAAAUUUCUAUAUGUCACGUAGGAAUAUAGAAAAUAAAAUGGCUAGAAUGUAGUUCUCGUGAUAUCAAACCGUAGUGUGUGUGGGGUUGUAGUUUUGAAAGCUAUUCCUUAAGCGAUCUCAAGACAUUCCAUGGAGUUUUUGUUUUCAAAUGUGACCCUCAGCGCUGACUGUUGCCUGGAUACCUGCCUCUAAUGCCGUGAUUGUUAAAUUCGAAGUAUAUUUGACAGGGAACCAGACGACAAUGACUAUUUCUCAUUCGGAUGAGUUCGGACAAGUCGUUGUGUGAAAAGUUGCGUAGGAUUUUGCAUCCGGAAAUUGUAUUUUUGGAUAUAUUUGGACAGUUUGGAGUGUUUGGUGAAAAGUGACACAUUUUUUUGUACAUUUUAUGAUUGUAUUUCAAAUCAAACCAUCACAAUUAUGUUACAUAAUAUGCCAUGCACAUUUUGAUAUGGGUGUAGGCAUAUUGAAAAAUGUUGUCUGUGCUUUUAUGUAUAUAUACAUAUAAAUAUAUUUUGUAUACAGAUGUAAUUUAGCUGGAAUUAGAUGGCUGAUUUUAUUUUUACAUUAACAUUAUAAAAAAUUAAAUGUCAAGACUUUUUCAAUAUGUGAUAUCUUUUUUAUGUAUUUAUAUAUGCACAUUUGUUUAAUGUCUUCAAACAUGUAGAACAUGGGUGGAGUGUAAUCGAGGUUUUUAUAAAGUUUUAUUAAGGGUGAUUAGAUAUUCACGUAGUAAAUUACAUGUGCAGCCUUUAAUUUAUGCAACAUUCUUCAUAUGCAAAAUAGUGUUGUUUUUUUUCUUUUGUUACACUGUUUUUUCUGUUUAAGAUUGUACCAGCCCCCCCCCCACCGCUCGCGCAUCAAAUGAUCGGAUAAUGGUAAUUCCUCGCGAGAGAAAGCCGUUUAUGUUUAGAUAGAAAGGCCAUUUUCACGAAUGUUAUUAAAUGUUUAAGUCAAUUUUUUAAUUAUUUUGAAAGUCAAUCUAUUUAUAGAGUCCGGUUACCAUCUGCACACUUUUCACGAAUGUUAUUAAACGUUAAAGUCAUUUUUUAAAAAAUAAUUUGUACUUUAAUCUAUUUAUAUGUUGAGGAAGGUUCCGUACUUUAUAUUUGUUCGAAGAAAUGUUGUUAAAGCUGUACAAUAAAUGUUGUACAGGCCUUGAAUUAAGAUUUUAUCGUUUUGUCAAUAAGUUUUAGAUAUAAGUGUGGGCUUUAUGAACGUUCAAGUGACAAAAUCACAACUUGAUUAUUACUUGAACAUGUGACUAAUUAUAGAACACUUACAGUUGCCAGAAGUUAUCUUAAUUGUUUAAGAAAUAACGAUGUUAAGCUAUUCGAUACUUACAAAUUUCAGUCUAAACAUAUAUAAAAGGCUUAAUCGGAGAUUACACUAUGUCCGAAAUAAGAACUAUGACCGGACCGAGGGCUUUUGUCCAGUACUCGGAUUAUGAACGUGUAGAUCUGGGUCUUUGUCCGGUUCUCGGGCCAAUGCCGGAUGGCGAAAACUCAAGCUAGGUCUUGAACACGGGCUAGGUUUAAGAUCUCGGGCUCUGUCCGGAUUUCGGCAUUUGUGCUGUUUUCAUACAACAUAAUUAAGUGCUAUCUGUUGAAAUUCUAUUAAAGGAUUGUGUUUAAAUUAUAUACUACAAGUACAUUUGAAUUGUAUCAUAUUCUCAUAUCUGUUUUUAAAUGAAACGAUUUUAUGUUAUAUUUAAAUGUUUUAACAAUUUCUCUAAUUUCUUAACCGUUAGAAUAAUUUGAGAGCAUUUAUAUCAAAUUAUUUGAACAACAUAUAUUCUACUGUUAAUAAACUAUUUUAAAGAUA